AUGAUCGUGUUCUCGUCGCGCACUGUGCUGCUGUCAGUCUACUACCCGCAGAUCUUCCUCAUCCUGACGAGCGGCAGCUACCUAGCCCUUUCCUCUGUGGUGGCCCUGGGUGCCAACAUCAUCUGCAACAAGAUUCCAGGCCUGGCUCCUCGCCAGCGGGCCAUCUGCCAAAGUCGUCCCGACGCCAUCAUUGUAAUUGGCGAGGGUGCUCAGCUGGGUAUCAAUGAGUGUCAGUACCAGUUCCGCGAUGGCCGCUGGAACUGCUCAGCCCUGGGUGAGCGCACAGUCUUCGGUCAGGAGCUACGAGUAGGCAGCAGGGAGGCUGCAUUCACCUAUGCCAUCACAGCUGCAGGAGUGGCCCAUGCGGUGACAGCAGCAUGUAGCCAAGGCAACAUGAGCCACUGUGGCUGCGACCGUGAAAAUCAAGGUUACAACCAGGAGGAGGGAUGGAAGUGGGGGGGCUGCUCUGCCGACAUCAAGUACGGCAUCGAGUUCUCCAAGAAGUUUGUGGACGCUCGUGAGAUUAAAAAAAAUGCCCGUCGACUUAUGAACCUGCACAACAACGAAGCAGGGAGAAAGGUACUGGAAGAUCGGAUGAAGUUGGAGUGUAAAUGCCAUGGUGUGUCAGGUUCCUGCACCACUAAGACAUGCUGGACCACCCUCCCAAAGUUCAGAGAGAUUGGCUAUGUGCUAAAGGAGAAGUACAAAAAGGCAGUUCACGUGGAGGUGGUACGAGCCAGUAGACUGCGACAGCCAACCUUCCUCAAGGUGAAGAAGACAAUUGGUUACCAAAAACCCUCAGAGACAGAUCUGGUCUACAUCGAGCGUUCUCCUAACUACUGCGAGGAGGACGCCAAGACAGGCAGCGUGGGGACGCAGGGGCGUUUAUGUAACCGAACAUCAACAGACACAGAUGGCUGCGACCUCAUGUGUUGCGGCAGAGGCUACAAUACACACCAGUACACCAAGGUGUGGCAGUGUAACUGCAAGUUUCAGUGGUGCUGCUUUGUCAAAUGUAACACCUGCAGCGAGAGGACGGAAGUGUUCACCUGCAAAUGAACAGGUGUUUACUCAGAGGGAUAAGUCAGCUUGCAGGAGGAUGUCAGUAAUUAUGGGUGAAAAACCCUUCG